AUGAACUCUAUCCAGACUCAUCCUGAGAACGCGAUGCAGGCGAAGACCUUCAUCGCGCCCGGCUCUCUUUCCUUCCCAGGUGGCGCUGGCGAUCUCACUCCACCCUCUUCUGAGGCCGAGAAGAUGAAUGGUCAGCAGAAGCAGGGUGCGAAUGGAGGUCAGGCAGUCCAGGCCAACGGCCACGGGGUGACUCCCGCGACACCGGCUGCCACUCCCGGCGCGACUCAGGGAGUCAGCGGAAUUGUUCCUACCUUGCAAAAUAUCGUUGCCACCGUCAACCUUGAUUGUCGGCUGGAUCUCAAGACGAUCGCGCUGCAUGCGAGGAACGCGGAAUACAACCCAAAGCGUUUCGCCGCCGUGAUCAUGCGUAUCCGCGAGCCAAAGACAACGGCGCUCAUCUUCGCCUCGGGCAAGAUGGUCGUGACGGGUGCGAAGUCGGAGGAUGACUCCAAGCUGGCGUCGCGCAAGUACGCGCGCAUCAUCCAGAAGCUCGGUUUCAACGCCAAGUUCACCGACUUCAAGAUCCAGAACAUUGUCGGCUCGUGCGACAUCAAGUUCCCCAUCCGCCUCGAGGGUCUGGCUUCCAAGCAUCACAACUUCAGCUCUUACGAGCCGGAGUUGUUCCCUGGUCUGAUCUACCGUAUGAUCAAGCCCAAGAUCGUGCUGCUCAUCUUCGUGUCGGGCAAGAUCGUCCUGACGGGCGCGAAGGUCAGAGAGGAGAUCUACCAGGCCUUCGAGAUGAUCUACCCCGUGCUCCAAGAUUUCAAAAAGGUCUAA